AUGUGGAGUUAUGUUAAUGGAACUUCGGUUAAACCUACCGAUAAAAAGAAUGAAGCAAAAUAUGCAAAAGAGUUAGAAACAUGGGAUGUUAGUAAUUCGAAGAUUCUUACUUGGAUCAAUAAUUCUGUUUCUCAAUCAAUAGGUGUGCAACUAUCAAAAUAUGAUACUGCUAAGGAGAGUGAUAUUAGAGCUCUCAAACAAAAUAAUAUGACCAUUCAAGAAUUCUAUUCAGCAAUGAGUAAUUUGUGGGAUAAGUUGGCUCUUAUGGAAUCGACUGAAUUGAAAGUUGUCAAAGCAUACACUGAUCAAAGAGAAUAA